UUGUUGCAGGCAGGUCAGAUCCUGAGACACAUCAUGUCCAAUUUUGAAGAUGCUGACACGGAAGAGACAAUAACUUGUCUCCAGAUAACUGUUUACCAUCCCGUCCAGCUGCAAAGUGGAAUAUUCCAAUCCAUAAGGUUUUAUAACCGAGAAAAACUUCCCUCCAGUGAAGUGGUGAAAUUUGGCCGAAAUUCCAAUAUCUGUCAUUAUACCUUUCAGGACAAACAAGUUUCCCGAGUUCAGUUUUCUCUGCAGCUGUUUAAAAAGUUUGAUAGUUCAGUUCUCUCUUUUGAAAUAAAAAAUAUGAGUAAGAAGACCAGUCUGCUUGUGGACAACAAGGAGCUGUGCUACUUAAAUAAAAUAGACCUGCCUGACAAGUGCAUGGUCAGAUUUGGUGACUAUCAGCUCCUGAUAGAGAAGGAAGAUGGAGAGUCAUUAGAAUUUUUUGAGACUCAAUUUAUUUUGUCUCCAACAUCACUCUUGCAAGAAAACAACUGGCCACUACAGAAGCCCAUACCUGAGGAUGGCUGUUACUCAUCCUGUUCUACCCAAGACACUUUUCCUACAGAAAUGGAUGAAAAUGAAUUGUGAACACAGAGGGCUAAGAGGAGAAUCAUGAAGGAUGAAGAAAUCUGUAGACAUUUUAUAGAUAUUUCACAGUUUAUUAGUAUAUUACUGUUAUCUGUUAUCAAAUUUGGGAUCUCUUCUUAUCAUUUUGAAGUCUGUAAAUUGUAUUAGUCAUUGAUUUAGUCGUCUGUUGCAUUCCUAGAUGUAUGAAGAAUUCUUAAGUGUAUUUAAGUGUACCUCUGUGAGCAUUAAUGUACAAAAAGCAUCCUUGGUGAUGAAGGAAUAGUGUUCUCAAAAUAGUUAUAUUAUUUUCUUUAUAUGCUUGAUUUUAGCCCUAUGUUUUGCAAGGAACCACCUCUUAGUUUGGUCAUAUUAUUUCACAAGCAGCUCUUUGUUUUCAGUGUCAAGGCCAUGGUUGAGUUGCUCCUAGUGGUGUAGCCUGUUGGUACUUGCAGUGCUAGAGUACUGCAUGCAACACAGCAUGAUGUGUUUUGGAGCAGUGUCUAUGCGUCAUUGUGGUUUUAUUAUAGGAAGCCUUAUUUGAGCAAUA